AUGAGGUUCUACUCUGCCCAUUAUAGCACUACCAGGCCUGCACAGUUCAGCGUCUCCCCAAUGAACCAUAUUGCAUGCGUGCUCCACUGGCAAGUUAUUUCCACCGUGUUGAGAGCCCAGACAGUAGAACGCCAAGUGGCUUUCCAGAGCCAUCAGUGCCGCUUGCUGACCAGUGGAAUGACAAUAGACAAACCAUUGCGAUAUGAGGAACCCGCCAUGCUGGUAGAUAGCCACUUUCACCUAGACAAAGUGCUUGGGCGUUCAGGCUACACCAACUGGGACGAUCUUCAGAGAGACCUACAAGGCAGAGGGCACCUGGAGCUGGUGGUUUCCUUUGGGCUUCAUCCUCACGUGGUGUGUGAUGCACCGUACGAAAUAUUGGACAAGCUUGGCAUGCUUGCUAGCUUACCACAAUGGUGUGCAAUUGGAGAGGCUGGGGUAGACCUGACUAAAAAGUGCCACUGCAGUCCCUGUGGUGAUCCUCACGAAUGUCGGCACACUCGACUGUGGAAACAGCUAGAUUUCCUGUCUGAGGCCCUCCAGAUUGCAAGGAGUUUGGGCAAGCCAGUGAUCUUGCAUUGUCGAGAUGACGGUUCCGAAGAGGCAGCCGCACAGACGCUCCCCACCAUCCAGAUGAUGGACAGGUCGGAUCAUGUUUUCCACCUCCACUGUUUCACUGGCGAGGCCCAAGAGUUGCGUCAGUGGCAGAAGAAGCUGCCACAUACCAAAUUUGGAGUAACAAUGAAGUCAAUCCAAGACCCAAGGACGGUAGCGCUAAUACCACCAGAGCGACUUCUUUUGGAGACUGAAGCUCCGUAUUUGCCCCCUGCUCCUAGAUGUCGCCUCAACCAUCCAUGGAAUGUGUUGUCCCUGGCCAAACAAGUUGCCUUCAUCAGGAACACUCCACCCUCACUCCUCCUGAAGGUGGCUAACGCCAAUGCCAUGGACAUAUACGGAUGCCCCUAA